AUGGGGAAUUUGGGUAUGAGUGGCCUUCUCGAGCGAUUCCAGCACUUGCGGCUUCCUAUAUUUGCGGGUUCUUACAGACACGAGGAGGCCAAAUAUUGGCUAGACCGCAUCUCUAAGAUGUUGAGGAUGCUACAUUGUACAGAACCGGAGCAGGUCGAGUUAGCCACCUUUAUAUUUGAAAAGGAGGCCAGCUUGUGGUGGGAUAGUAUCCUGCGGACCAUUGCAAUCGAAUAUGUAUGGACAUGGGCAGCUUUUGAGUUCCGCUUCCAUGAGUACUACCCCCAAACGUACCGGCACGAGAAGGAGAAUGAGUUCUUGUGCCUCAGAGAGGGGGGACAGAGUACGAGCAACCAUUUACAGAGUUGGGCAGGGCCCCUAGCUCAGGGUGGAAGUGCGGCUCCAUCUUCACCAUCUGUACGCCCUGCUAAGGCUACGUAUCGGCACGAGAAGGAGAAUGAGUUCUUGCGCCUCAGACAGGGGGGCAUGUCAGUGACAGAGUACGAGCAUCGGUUUGCAGAGUUGGGUAGGUACGUCACAACAGUACUGGCUGACGCGCAGAUGCGGAUGCAGUAUUUUUCAGAGGGCGUACGACCUGAGAUUUGCUCGAAGAUGUGUUAUGCUAGCAUACCCUCCUAUGUUGAGCUAGUACACAUGUCUAUGCGGGCGGAGCAGGAUGGAGAUCGACUUUCACAUUCUCGUGGACCUAUGAUCCCUAAGCCACAACUAGAUUUGCCGAGCAGACCAUUCCUUGGUAAGAGAUCCCGUACCGACUCACCUCCUAGGAUCGCGGCGCCAUCAGUUUCGAUGAGGCGACCUGGAGUGACGUGUACAUAUUGUGGCAGACCAGGUCAUGCUGCAGAGAGCUAUUUUACACGCAUGAGAGAUAGUGGGUUUUCACCGCCAUAA